AUGAUGAAUGACAUAGUUUUAAUUAACAAAAAAAAAACUCCAAGUGAAGAAAAAAAUAUUGAUAAAAGUGAUGAAAUUAAAUUGAGAAUUUAUGGAUGUCAAUUAUUACAAGAAGCUGGCAUUAUUUUAAAACUAAAGGCAGUAACUAUUGUAACAAGCCAAGUUUUGUUCCAUCGUUUUUAUUUUAAAAAGUCCUUUACCGAUUUUGACGUCAAUAUUAUUGCUCCUUCAGCAUUAUAUUUAUCGUGCAAACUGGAAGAAGAUUUUUGUCGUAUUUACAAAAUUAUUAAUACUUUUCAUUUUUUAUGUAAAUAUGAGAAUAUAAAAAGUAAACACCUUUAUUUUGAUAUAAAAAAUUUGAACAUGGAACAUUUCAGAAUAAAUAUGGAAUCAGAAGAAUAUAAAAAUAUGAAAGUAGAUAUUUAUACAUAUGAACUCCUCAUACUAAAAGAAAUAGGAUUUCUUGUUCAUAAAAUAAACCAACACCCUCAUUCAUUUCUUUUACCAUAUAUUUAUUCCCUCUUUAACAAUUUAAAUACAAUUGAUAAGGAUUUAACAAAAAAUUUAGCACAAAUAUCUUGGGGAUUUUUAAAUGACAGUAUGAGAACAACCUUAUGUUGUGAAUAUCAACCACGGUGUAUAGCUGUUGCAAGUAUAUUCUUAGCUGCAUAUAAACUUAAUAUACCCUUAAUGAAAAAUACCAAUUGGUUUAAAUUAUUUGAUGUAGAUUAUGAGGAUAUCAAGAAAAUAUGCAUUAGAAUAUUGGAGCUUUACAAAAUAGGACGAUGCCAUUAUAUAGACGUCGUGGUUAAGAAGAAAUAA